CAAAAUGGUUAACUUUGAAAAUGCAUAGAAAUGCAUCUAAUACUAAGGGUGAUGCAAGAAAUUAGAUCAGUAUGUAGAUGCAUUAUGAUGCAUUACCAAAUGAUAAAUUGUUUUUGUGACACAGAUUUAAAGUAGCGGUAUUUGUACAAGUGGAGAUUUAAAUGUACGGAUGAAAUUUUUUAUAAUGACAAUUGCAUUUUGCAAAAAAUUCCCGUAAUUGGGUCUUUAAUUCGUACGCUCUGAAUUGUUGAUACUAUCACAAUUUUAAGAGGGGAUUUUGUGUGACGACAGCUUUGUGCGGGACGCUUUUACCAUGCGAAAAUAUUAAAUAUGGCUUCUACUAUGAAAAUCAUGACUCGAUGAAAAUGAACACGAAUAAGCAAGGUGUUACUGACUGAAUAACUUACAAGGAAUUGUGUUUAAUCAUGGAUGACGAGAACGGUCAGGAAAUUGAAGACGACGUAACCAUGCAGUCGUCUACUGGAAGUUUGGGAUCUCAAUUUCAAAAAGAAAUUAUCUACAAUAAGUUACUUCCUUAUGCAGAAGAAUUGGAUGAAGAGUCUCAAUAUUACUUGGCUGAGAUAAAGGGGAAUCUAGCAAGAGCUGUAAUGCUUCGGGAAAUGCAACCUGGCUGUACAAUUUGGACAGCUAGCCUUUGCAAAUACAUCAAGAUUUAUGGGCUGAAGUUUAGUAAAGAGGAUCAUAUCCUCUUUAUUAAAUUAAUGUAUGAAUUGAUAACAAUACCGGAUCUGGAACCUUCAUUGGUACAUAAAUUUGGAUGUGUUUUGAUCCUGUUACUAAAAAAAAAAGAACUGAUUUCUCCAGAUGAAUUGGAACUACCAUGGAAGCCACUUUUUGAAUUAGGACGACGUGUCACACCAAGUGGAAAAACAGCUCUUGGCAUGUACCGUUAUUUUUCUUGCUUGGUGACAACUUUGGAUGCCUUAGUCCACGCUGCUAAAUUCUAUUUCCCGUUGAGUGCUACUCAAGAAAUAUUAGAUGAAUUACGACCUAUGCUCUGUCCUUUCAACGGUAACACCAUAUCUACAACUGUAGAAGCUCUUGAAUGGUUUUUACCAUUGCAUGUGCCAUCUAAUUCAAUUGGUUAUGAACUAUGGUUCAAUGAGUUUAUGAAUUUUUGGGAAGUUUGCCAUAAUGCGCCACAAUGGGAGAAUGAAAUGAUGUGGUUAAUAUCUAGAUUGGCAUUAUAUAAUAUUGGUUACAUCGAUUGGGAACCACAUAUUCCAUUAAUGUUUACAAGAUUUAUACGGUGCCUUAAUCUACCUGUUUCGUACAAGCAAACACAAAGUAGCAAGCAUCAUAAAAUUGAGAUGCCUCCAAUUGCUAUAUGGAUAGUGUCAACAUUGGGAAACGGAUCAAGUACUCAAACCUAUCUUGAGAAGUUUCUAAAAACCGUAGAAACAUAUCUUUAUCCCGCAAAUUUCGGCAGAUGGCUUGUAAAGUUAAAAGAUCUGCUAAAAAAGCUUCCGUACUACUUCAUUCUGCGUCUACAUAAGGAACGUUAUGCUAAGCCAACAUGGGAAAGACCAAUUCCAGAUACGCACAAACUGACAGAUUCAGAAAUCGAUGCUUUUGUGAAAAGUAUGAUACCAGUAGCAAUGACAGCAAUGUUUAGCAGGUUGGGUGUUAUAGAUGUUUGUCAAGCACUCCAUUACCUCGCUACCGUUAGACCUAGUUUGGUAAUUCCCGACGUCCUGGAGAGAAUGUACUCCACAUUCGACUCCUUGACAGAACCCCACAAACUAACGGCCUCUAUGGUUUGCAUGGUAUCUGUAGCACGGCCACUGGUUCAAGGAUCUCGAAAUAUAAUCAAAGGCUACACUUUCCCAGAAGGACCAUCUCACGUACUACCACUUUUAUUCUCUUCCUUACCUGGCAUUGAUCCAAAUGAUGCCAGGAAGUGUUUUGUGACCUUUCGUUUAAUAUCAGUAUACGCAACGCUAGUCCCAAUUGUAGAUUCAUCCAGAUGUACUGUGCCUAUGAGUGAGGAUGAGAGAAUGGUGUGUGAAGCAACAUCUCGGUUCGAGGAUUUCAUCCUGCAAUUUUUGGACCGAGUCUUUGCCUUUAUAGAUUCCAGUUCCUUGGAAUUCGUACGACAAGAGAGUCGUGGAAAUGACGAGAAGAGUAAACUGGAGACCAUGGUAGAGGACGCCUUACAAGCCGUAUGCACAUCUCUUCUUGUUCAAACAAGUGAUGCAAUUUUCAAUUGCGCUUUGCACAAACUGCGCGCUUUCAUCACGGAACGCAUCCUAGAAACAAAAAUUGCCGGGCAAUUAGCUGCUGUCCUGUGCUACGUCUUUGCUCGUGUCAAUGGUCAAGCAACAUUACGUGCCUUAGUGCCAACGCUCUCUCAGACUAUAUUUGAUGCUAUUGAUGAGGGUGAUGAUGUUAUUAAGGAAGAAAAUUUAGACAAAAGACUUUUGUAUGCCAUGCUUCUGCUCUCUCAAAUGACUAACACACCUGGACGAAAUUUACUACCGCAUAUAAAUACCUUGAUAAAAGUCCUUGAUAAGAUAUUGUAUCUCAAGUCGCGAGAAGGUAGUCAAAUUGCCUGCAGACUUCUCAAAUUUCUCCUAUACGCUUUAUCUACUGUGACACCGGUUACAUUUCCUUCUACGGGAAAAGAAUUCAAUGACCCCGAAUAUCCUUACAUCAGAGACUGGGGUAAAGCCUUGGAUCUCAAUACGUUAAUGGUAUCUGAUGGGAAAUAUCAAAUUAAGUGGUACAUUCCAGGAGAAGAGGAAAUUGCUAUGAUACAACAAAUUUUCUCUAAGUAUCUCAUGCCUGAAGUAGCUAAGCUUGAACAGUACAGUGCAAAUAAAAUUUCAUUGACAAGGGAGGAGCUCCUGAGCAGUUUGAAUGUGGUGAAUAGUAUUAUUGGUGGCUGCACAUCUGUUUUGCCAAUGUGGAAAGAACCUCCCAUCGAGUUAAUGAAGUCGUCGUUACCUUGGACGCCAUUCCUACCGACUACCGGAAUUAAAGGAGAAGUUCAAAUGCCAGAUGGAAGUAAUGUCAGGAAAUACAUGGCUCGUGUCAUGAGCAAUUUGCAGGCUACAAUGUUAAAAAAGUCUGAAGAUGAUACCAAAAGUUUAUUCCAUAUGAUACACAUUUGGAGUAGCUUGUUCAUGGAUAAGGAACGUCUACGAGAUUCUUACGAGGCUCGACGUAAAAGUUUCCAGGUAGCAAAAAAAGUACUUGAGGAUAAAUUAAUUGGAAAGAAGGGACGUAUCGCGUCGUUCGUACACGAAAGAACAGACAUUCAGCACGAAUCACGUUUGCAGUCUCAGUCUCAUUGUCUAACAGAAACUCAUAAGCUCAUUAUGCUCGAGUUAUUGACAUUGGCGACUAGCACGUAUGCUGGUAUACGCAUAGAAGCCCAAACUGUACUUUUUAGUAUUUUGCAACAUUAUGCGUAUUCUUAUACCUUCCUUAUCCCUCGCAUUGUUGAGAUAUUGGCUAUGGAUCCUGAAGAAAAUCACGAUGCACACAAGGGAGUUUUGUACCUUCUGUUGGGACCUGAGCAAGAUCCUUUAUUGACAAAACGAGAUUGGCCUCUGGUGAAGAUACUUUGGCCGGCUAUUGUCACGUCCAAACCAUCUGAGAAGUUAUCCGUCAUUCGCUUGAAAGAAAUACUCGUAGACUCUGUUCAUAAACAUUUUCCGACUACUGCCAUUGCUUUAGAAGUACCAGAUUCAUGUGUGAAGAUUGCGGCCGCUUUCUUUGAAACAUUUCCAAAGCCCAAUGUACCUCAACCUACUGACAAGGAGAUCCAAGAAGGAUUGCAAUCGCUGAAAGAGCUUGGAGUUCGCAACAAGAAUUUAUAUUAUGGUGUCCUAAAUGAUUUACUAAGUCCAAUAAUCGAGGGAAAUUUACACUGGCGACACAGACUGAUGGCCAUGAACUUCAUCAGAGAUCUAGUUCAUCCGGAUGAAGUGUAUCCUGUAAAAGUAGUCCGAUACUUUCUAGGUGCAUUGAUCCAUGACUCCUUGGAUGAACGGAAAAUCGCUAUACGAACAGUCAUCUACAUAUUGAAACAGCAGAAGCGAAAACAUCAAAAGAUUAAAAUUGAUAUAUCGAAGUUUCAAAAAAAGCUAUCGACUAAUGACAAGCAGAUAGAAAAGUGGACACCUGGAGAAAGACCUGACAAUGCUUGGCUUCAAUAUGAUUUUGAUACACGCCCCGUUACUGAAGAACAAUGGAACGAACCUAGAUUCGUUCAUCAACCGUAUCUGGGUUAUUAUGCAUGGCCUAAGGAAGUGGAAGUGUACGCACCCUCGUCUCAGCAACCUUGUCUAGACCCAAAAACGCGAAAGCUGUCUGAAGUUGAGAGCGAGGUGGAUCGUUUCUUCGGGGAUAAACAGAACGUGGACAAACUCGUGAAAUUCUUCAGUUUGGAGGAGAAAAAAGGCAGAGAUAAAUUUAAUGGAUAUCGAUUCCUAUUAUUUAAGGGGCUUUUCCGUAACCAUGGUGAUGCUCACUUGCAUCAUUUCCUGCCUCAUCUGCAGAGGCUAGUGGCAGAUAAACACGAGAGUAAUCAACGUUGUGCUGCUGAAAUAACAGCUGGUCUGAUCAGAGGAGCAAAACAUUGGCCAUUCCAGAUGACGUCAAAUAUGUGGGAAGUUUUACUUCCCAUAAUAAGAACCACUUUGACAAAUUUAACAGUGGAGACUGUAGCUGACUGGGGGGUUUGCUUUGCUACAUCGCAAGAACGUAGAGAUCCCAACAGACAUCACUGGCUACUCGAAUGUUUGAUGGAAGAACCGCCACUAGGGGAGUCUGAAGCAUCAUUUAUAGAAUGUGGAAGACUUUAUGCUUUGCAGGGUGCACUCAGCCAACAGUCUUGGCGUGUGUCCCAAUUAUUUCAGCGCUUACAGACUCGUUUAGAAGACAGACUUUUCGCUAACCCAUUCCAAAACGUACGAGACCGUUUGGCGUCUCUACUUGUUAUGGUGUUUGAUGGAGAUUUGCAGUUUUCUGAAAAGUCUCCAUAUCAAACUAGUCCACGUGUACAAGAUCUAAUUGACAAAGUAAUGCCGAAAUUACAAUCACUGGCGGAAGACUUACCAGUGGCAGAAACUAGCCAGGAGAAGGCUCUCUCGACCAUUGUGGCAAAUGUCACUUUGAAUAACGAUAAAUCAAAGAACUCUAAAAGCGAAGAACGCGAUGGGGCCAUAAGGUUGUUGAAAAUAAUUUGCAAAUGGUUGAUUGGUAGUAUUUCACGAUCUCAGUACGGAGCACUGCCUGGUUUCUAUGAAUUGUUCCCCAUAGUUUGUCAAUUAGAAAAUUGUGAGACCGAUGAGGAAUUAUCCAAGACUUCUUCUGGAACGUUAGCAGUCCUUGCUCAAGCUCUUACUCUACCUCGAUAUAUAAAUGUCGCUCUGGAGACUGUGAUUAAAGUUUCCAAGAAUGGUUCAUGGUGGGCAAGAGCUACUUGUCUUGAGUACUUACAAGUCUUUGUGUUUCAUAAUAUGAGCAUAGUUCUUAGCAACAGUAUGUGGGUUAAUCGUAUUAGAGAUACGGUUCUCGAUUUGUUAGAAGAUGAACGAUUGGAGGUACGUGAGAAAGCUGGUCAAGUUCUUGGAGGAUUGUUACACUGUAAUUUCAUUCCUGACCAGGAAUCUUUAUUGGAGCAAUUUAAAGUAAAGGCAAAAACUCGAUUAUCAAAACGUAAAAAUAAAAAAAUCACUGAAGUAGCAGAGCGCGAUAGAAAUGCUGAAAUCAAUGCAAUUCGUAUAAGACAUGCAGGUGUCUUAGGACUUUGUGCAUUUAUUCGCGCUCAUCCUUAUGAUGUACCUAAGUAUGUUCCCUCGGUCUUCGAGCAUCUUGGACCUCAUCUCAAUGAUCCUCAACCUAUUCCAACAACAAUCAGAAAGACAUUAGGUGAUUUUAAAAGAACGCAUUAUGAUGGAUGGACUGGGCUUACUGGUCAUGCACAGCAGUUCACAGAGGAACAACUUGGGAUUUUGCAAGAUUUAUCUGUGCCUCCUUCCUAUUAUGCUUGAUUAUUGGCUAAACGCACUAUUUCAAUUAUCCUAAUGCCAAAUGCUGUGGUGAAGUUGUAGCUGCUCAUCGUGAAAAGAUGAUGACAAGGACAUUAAUAUUAAUUUUUAAAAUAGAUUGCGGAUGAUACUGUGCUCAUGGAAUUAAGUAGCUAAUGUUGUACUGUACAAAUAUGUUGUAUUCAAUGGGAUGGUCAAAGAAUUUUUUAAUGUUCUUAAUAAGAAUGGCUAUUUUCAAGUUAAAAUAAAUACUUAUUAACAUGAA